GUCCUUGCAAACAGGCUCCAGAGUGGGACCCGGAGUCAAAGCGCCCGAUGCCUUUCCAAUCCCGCUCUGACCCCAGACAGACUUCUGAGAGAGAGAGCCAGCUGCAACCGGCAAAGCUUUCCAUGUGGCCUGCAGUAGCUGCAAUCCAAGCUGUGGACAGGACGGUGGAUUCCCAUGCCACGCGGUUGCUGACUCUGGAGAGGAGAGUGGGAACAGCAGAGAAGAAAUUAGUCGAUUGUGAGAAAACAGUGAUGCAAUUUGAAAGCCAGCUGGAGAGUAAGUGGGCCGCGCUGGGGACUCUGAUCCAGGGGUACGGACGGCUGCAGAGGAGGCUGGAGAACAUGGAGAACCUGCUGAAGAACAGGAACUUCUGGAUCCUGAGACUCCCCCCAGGCGCUAGGGGGGAGGUCCCCAAGCAAGAUUUCCCCAGUCAGGGCCGCGCGCUGGAGCGCGUUUGCUCGUAUCUCUUCUGGAAGGACCAGACAUCCUACUGUGUGACUCAAACCCUGGAGCGUCUCUCUCCAUCUGCAGACUAUGCCAUCUCCAAACCUGACCUCCUGUCCCGGAUUGAACGAGGGGAGGAGCCGUGUGUCGGGGAUCAAGGUCGUUCAGAGGAGAGCGAGAUCCCUGCAGACCCCAGCCCAGAAUCCCCCGUCUCUGCACCAGACAUUUCAUUGUGGAUUAACCAGGAGGAGAAUCCGGGCUGCGGGGGCCGAGGGGACUCUGGGGAAAACGAAAUCAGUGGAAGCCCCUGCUCGGAGUUUCCGAUUGUCCCCCCCGAUGCCGCGUCCUGGGUUAAACGAGAGGAAGAGCCGUGUGGGCAGGAUCGGCCGGUCUGUGGAGAAGGCAGAACCCCUGCAGGCCCCAGCCCUGAAUCUCCUGCUCCUGCGCCUGACCGUUCCCCCUGGGUUAAACCGGAGCCGGAGGCGUGUGCUGGGACUCAACCGACUUUGGAGCAAAGGGGGCUCCCUGGAGAGCCCAGCGCAGCAGGUGAGAUCCCGCUCCAACUUGCAGAGGAGCAUCGUGCGGAGGAGGGGGGCGAGGGCCCAAGCCCCCCCAGGGCAGUUUGUGCAACGUCCAAAGGGACCGUGGUCCAGAGCCCUGGCGAGGGCCCUGCGGCUCGGCAGAGAAGCAUCCUGGGACGGUCGGCUCAGGGCAAGAGGGGCAUUGGGGAGCUCCGAGCGGCCGGGGGCCAGCAGAGAGCCGUGGGGGGCGAGCGGCCCAGCCCGUGUCCCGUGCGUGGGAAGUGCUUGGGGCAGAAGCAGUUGCUGCUAAGCCCCAAGAAGAGCCUGUUGGCGGAGAAGCCCGCCAAGUGCAGGGAAUGUGGCAAGAGCGUCGGCCGGAUUCAGUGCUGCCUCCAGCACCAGCACAUGCCCCCGGGCAAGCUGCCCUUCACCUGCGCCGAGUGCCGGAAGCGCUUCCGCAAGAAGCGGCCCCUGCUCUUCCCCCCCGAGCCCCACACGGCCGAGCAGCCCUUCUCCUGCCCCGCCUGCGGCAAGGCCUUCAGCCAGCGGGACACACUGCUGGCUCACCAGAAGACCCACGAUCUCGGACUGACUCCGUUGCAUGAGCUGAGUAAGUGUCUGGAUUCUCUCUUUCUUUCAGCAGCCGGCAGGAUUGGGAUGAAAGCCGAGGAGCGGCAGGUUGAGGAAAAGCCUGAAAUCCUGGAGCUGACGACGACAUUACUGGGAAGAGCAGACGAAGAGGCUUUCCAGAGCCAAGACCAGCCAGCAGAGAGUCCGUGCGGCCCAGAAGGGCAGCAGGGAGCCGGAGAGCCCACCGCAUGCGGGAGCAAUCUGUGUGAAUUCAAGCCAGGGGCGGCGCAGAAGGAAGCCCACGCAGCCCAAGGCCCAUGUACACCUGCAGACCAUGGGACAGGCGCCCAAAUGGAGCAGCUGCCUCCCCUGCCCCAGAGAAUCCUGACAGGAGAAAAACCCUAUAACUCCGCUGAAUGCCUGAAAAGCGUCUGCCUCCAGCCCAGCCUCCGGAAGCACCAGCUGUCUCAUGCCGGACAGGGGACUUACGUCUGUGCCGAGUGUCGGCGAAGCUUUCGGCUGAAGAGGAGCCUUCUAACACACCAGCGAACCCACGUGGGGGAGAGCGACGGGUCCUUCAUUUGUACCGCCUGUGGGAAGAACUUUGGCUGCCACCUGGAGCUCACGCGGCGCCAGCGGCUGCACGACGGGGAGCGCCGGUACAAGUGCCCCGAGUGCCCAAAGAGCUUCCUGCAGAAGCGGCACCUUGCGGAUCACAAGCGGCUGCACACGGGCGAGCGGCCCUUUCCGUGCCCGGCCUGCGAGAAGACCUUCAACGAGAAGUCCAACCUCAACAAGCACUACCGGAUCCACACGGGUGAGCGGCCCUACCACUGCGCCCUGUGCGGCAAGAGCUUCAUCCAGAAACACCAUCUCCAGAAGCACCUGCGUGUCCACGGGGGGCCGAGGCCGCAGCAAUGGGGGAGGUGGGGGGAUGGCGUCCCCGCCCCAGCUCCCCAGGCAAACCCGGCGGGGGAGAGACUCUAUCCCUGCAUCGAAUGCAUGGAGAGCUUCACUCAGAAGACGUCCCUGGAGCAGCACCAGCGAAUGCACACCCAGGAGAGGCCCUUCCAGUGCACCAAGUGCAACAAAAGCUUCCGGCACAGGCAGUCGCUGAACAACCAUCAGAAGAGCCACUCUCCCUCCGGGGGUUCACCCCGCCACAGGCAGGGGACGGAGGCAGCCCCCUCAGGGGAAAGGCUGAAAGCAGGCAGUAACCCAGUGGGCUGGCAGUGGGGAGGAGGCAAUUUACAGGCUGUUUCCUCCCCAGAAAUACAGCAAUACAUUACAUGACAGGCCCAUAUACUCUAUAACAGCAGCUGGCGUUUACAGAGUGCCAAAGCACUGGCCAGUCCUUCAUGAAUCCUCGCAGCACCCCUGUAAGACAGGGGGUCAGGACUGACCUACCUACCUCACAGGCAGGGAAAGUGACUUGGCAAAGACCAUGCAGUGAGUCAGUGGCAGAGCCAUGAUGAGCACCCAGACGUGCACUCACUCCUCCAGGCCACGCUGCUUUCGGAAAGUGUAUUUAACUGAAGUGGGACUUGACCCAGGUAAAUAACAUGUAAUCAUUGUAAAUAGCAGAUGCUACA